AUGGUAUCAAGAUCUUAUUCCAAUCUCUUGGAUCUUGCUUCUGGAAAUUUCCAUUCGUUUUCUCGAGAAAAGAAGAGAUUUCCAAGAGUAGCAACUGUAACUGGUGUCUUGUCUGAGCUUGAUGAUGAUAACAACAGCAACAGUGUUUGUUCUGAUGCUCCUUCUUCAGUCACUCAAGAUCGAAUCAUCAUUGUUGGAAACCAACUUCCAAUCAAAUCACAUCGAAGCUCGACCGGUAAAUUGAGUUUUAGUUGGGACAAUGACUCACUUCUCUUACAGCUUAAAGAUGGUAUGAGAGAAGACAUGGAAGUUGUCUACAUUGGUUGUCUUAAAGAACAAAUCGAUGUAGUCGAACAAGACGAUGUUUCUCAAAGAUUGCUUGAGAAUUUCAAAUGUGUUCCUGCUUAUAUCCCACCUGAGCUAUUCACCAAAUACUAUCAUGGUUUCUGUAAGCAACAUCUUUGGCCUUUGUUUCAUUACAUGCUUCCUUUAACGCCUGAUCUUGGAGGUCGAUUUGAUCGUUCGUUAUGGCAAGCUUACCUUUCGGUUAACAAGAUCUUUGCGGAUAAAGUUAUGGAAGUGAUUAGUCCUGAUGAUGAUUUUGUUUGGGUUCAUGACUAUCACUUAAUGGUUUUGCCUACAUUCUUGAGGAAGAGGUUUAAUAGAGUAAAGCUUGGUUUUUUCCUUCAUAGUCCAUUUCCUUCCUCUGAGAUAUACCGUACUCUUCCCGUGCGUAACGAGCUUUUACGCGCACUCCUCAACGCUGAUCUGAUCGGGUUUCAUACUUUUGACUAUGCAAGACAUUUCCUUUCUUGCUGUAGUAGGAUGCUUGGUUUGUCUUAUCAGUCCAAAAGAGGAACCAUAGGGCUUGAAUACUACGGUCGAACCGUUAGUAUCAAGAUUCUUCCGGUCGGGAUUCAUAUCAGUCAGCUUCAGUCGAUUUUAAACCUCCCGGAGACUCAGACCAAAGUUGCUGAGCUGAGAGAUCAGUUCUUGGAUCAAAAGGUUCUUCUUGGUGUCGAUGAUAUGGACAUCUUUAAAGGAAUCAGCCUCAAACUCUUGGCAAUGGAGCAACUUCUCACUCAACAUCCCGAGAAGAGAGGUCGAGUUGUGCUUGUCCAGAUAGCUAACCCUGCAAGAGGCCGUGGGAAAGAUGUUCAAGAAGUUCAGUGUGAAACCGAAGCAACGGUUAAAAGGAUCAACGAAAUGUUUGGAAGGCCAGGUUACCAACCCGUGGUUCUGAUUCAUAAACCGCUUCAGUUCUUCGAGCGGAUCGCUUACUAUGUGAUUGCAGAGUGUUGUCUUGUUACAGCAGUGAGAGACGGUAUGAAUCUUAUACCUUAUGAGUACAUUAUCUGCAGGCAAGGCAAUCCGGAACUCAACAAAACUAUCGGCUUGGAUCCUUCUGCUGCAAAGAAGAGUAUGCUUGUCGUUUCUGAGUUUAUCGGAUGUUCGCCUUCUCUAAGCGGCGCCAUUAGAGUGAACCCGUGGAACAUUGAUGCAGUGACUGAAGCAAUGGACUAUGCAUUGAUAGUAUCAGAAGCAGAGAAGCAGAUGCGUCACGAGAAGCAUCACAAAUAUGUGAGCACACAUGAUGUUGCGUAUUGGGCUCGCAGCUUUAUACAGGAUCUUGAAAGGGCUUGUAAUGACCAUGUAAGGAAGAGAUGUUGGGGGAUAGGUUUCGGGUUAAGCUUUCGAGUUGUGGCGCUUGAUCCGAGUUUUAAAAAGCUUUCGAUUGAGCACAUUGUCUCAGCUUAUAAGAGGACCAAGAACCGAGCCAUUCUCUUGGAUUAUGAUGGCACAAUGGUGCAGCCAGGGUCCAUCAGGACAACGCCAAGCCGCGAAACGAUCAAUAUCUUGAACAAGCUGUCUAGUGAUCCCAAGAAUAUCGUGUUUCUCGUCAGCGGGAAAGACAGAAAGACGCUGACCGAAUGGUUUUCUUCAUGUGAUAAUCUCGGUUUGGGCGCAGAGCACGGUUACUUUAUAAGGCCAAAUGAUGGAACAGAGUGGGAAACGUCGAGUGUGGUAUCGGGUUUUGACUGGAAACAAAUAGCAGAGCCAGUCAUGAGAUUGUACACUGAGACUACAGAUGGAUCAACUAUAGAGACUAAAGAGACUGCUCUGGUUUGGAAUUACCAAUUUGCAGAUCCUGAUUUUGGAUCUUGUCAAGCUAAAGAACUCAUGGAACACCUUGAAAGCGUGCUCACAAACGAUCCAGUCUCUGUCAAGACCGGACAACAACUCGUUGAAGUUAAACCACAGGGUGUGAACAAAGGUCUUGUGGCCGAGAAGCUUCUAACAACAAUGCAAGAAAAAGGAAAGCUUUUGGAUUUCAUUCUCUGUGUAGGCGAUGAUAGGUCUGACGAGGAUAUGUUUGAGGUCAUAAUGGGUGCAAAAGAUGGUCCGUCUUUGUCUCCGGUGGCUGAGAUAUUCGCUUGCACAGUUGGUCAAAAACCAAGCAAAGCUAAAUACUAUUUAGACGAUACGGCCGAGAUCAUCAGAAUGCUUGAGGGUCUAUCCUCCGCAUCCGACCAAACCGCUUCGACCACCUCUGUUCCAACGAAAGAUGUUUUUUAA